UAUAUAUACAUAUAUUUAUUUAUAUUAAAUAAAAAACUUAUGAAAUCACAUAGAACAAUCUUACUCAACACAUGCUCAAAAUCUUGUUUAUUGACCAUUUAUUGAUUAACUUUUAAAAUGGAUAUGAGUGUUGUUGUGAAAUCUGCUUGGCUUAAUAUGCUUUUACAAGUUUGUUUUCGUGCUGGGACAUUUUUAGGUAAUGCUAUUAUGUUGAGAUACAUAUCCAGAGAAUUGUUAGGAUUAGUUAACGUUAGACUAUUAUUAUUAUACAGCACUAUUGUUUUUCUUUCAAGAGAAUCUUUCAGAAAGUCAUGCUUAAGCAAAACUGAUUCUGAAAAAACUUUAAAAGGUAGUAAAAUGCAACUUGUAAACUUAAUAUGGCUAUCUGUAGUUGCUGGGAUAAUUUUAUCUUUUUUGUUCUGUUUUAUUUGGAUAAUUUUGCUGGAACAACCAUCAACUCAGUAUUUAAAACAAUACCACACUUCUUGCAUUUGUUUUGCAUGCUCUGCUAUUAUUGAAUUGACUAUUGAACCAAUGUGGAUUUUUGGACAAAAAUCAGGGUAUAUAACUUCUAAAGUAAUCUUAGAAGGAAUUUUUCUUAUUGUUAGAAGCGUUUUAAGUGUUAUAGUUGUUAUUUUAAUGCCAAAAUAUGCACUGUAUGGAAUUGCAAUGUCAUACUUAACAGCGUCAAUUGUUUAUGCAACAUUAUAUUUUUGCUUCUUUUUUAAAGUAAUACACUCAAAAGAUAAUUCCUCUGGUUUUUCAAAUAUUAGAGACAUUUUUCCCAAUUUAGUUGCGGAUCCAUUUCUUGAUAAAGAUAGCACAAGUUUAGUGAAAAGUUUUUUUAAACAAUCACUCUUAAAGCAGUUUUUGACGGAAGGUGAACGAUAUGUUAUGACACUAUUUCGUGUUUUGUCUUUUAGUCAACAAGGAGUCUAUGAUGUCAUAAACAAUUUAGGAUCACUUGCUGCAAGAUUUAUUUUCAUGCCAAUUGAAGAAAGUUAUUAUGUUUAUUUUUCACAAGCACUUGAAAGAAAUGUAAAAAAAUACCCUGAUAGCGUAAUGAAGCAGUGUUGCACUUCUCUCUCAGUUGUUUUGAAGUUUGUUUCACUUAUUAGCUUUAUUAUUUUAGUGUUUGGCUAUGGAUAUUCAUAUCUCUUAUUAGACUUGUAUGGCGGAGAAAUACUUAGUAAUGGUGAAGGUCCUAACUUGUUACGUACCUACUGCAUUUAUGUUAUGUUUAUUGCUUUGAAUGGAAUUACAGAAUGUUUUAUGUUUGCUUCAAUGAAUCAGCAACAAAUUGAUUCUUAUAAUUUUAAAAUGCUACUCUUUUCAAUAGUAUUUUUGCUCUCGUCUCUUUUAUUUACUAAAUAUCUUGGAGGUAUGGGUUUUAUUUUGGCAAACUGCUUGAAUAUGGGUAUGAGAAUAUCUCAAAAUGCACUUUUCAUACAAGGCUUUUUCAGCGAAACAAGCUAUAGACCGCUAAAGGCCAUUAUUCCCUCUUUCCAAGUUGUCUUUAUGCUUCUUGUUUCACUGUUAUUCACUGCUAUUUCUGAGAAAAGAUAUUUUGAAUAUCCCGUGGUGCAUGUCGGAGUUGGUUGCACAUGUUUGUUAGGAGUGUUAACAUCUGUUUAUUAUACCGAACAUGAAUUUAUAGACUUUGUAAAAGAACUCUUAAAAAAAAAAAAAAUUAAAUAAAGAAUUUUUUAGUUUGAAAAUAAUUUUGUAUUAUUUUUGUAAAAAUCUUUUAUUUAUAAAUUAAUAAUUUUAAUUCACAAUUUAUUUAUAAAGUAAUCUUUUAAAACUUUGUUAUGAAGUGACGUUUUUUGAGAGAAAAACUUUGUUAUGAAGUGACAAUUUUUUUGAGAACAAAACUUUA